GGCGCGCGCGGGGGCAAAUGGAGUGGGUGCUCGCGGAAGCGUUGCUGUCGCAGAGCCGGGACCCCCGGGUCCUGCUCGGAGCGCUGUGCCGCGGGGAGGCGUCCGCGGAGCGCGUGGAGACGCUGUGCUUUCUGCUGCAGCGACUCGAAGACGAGGAGGCGCGCGGCGGCGGCGGCAGGGGCGCGGGCGCGCUCCCGGAGGCGGCGCGCGAGGUCGCCGCGGGGUACCUGGUGCCGCUGCUGCGGGGCCUGCGCGGGCGCCCCGCGGACGCCUCCCCGCGGCACAGCGCUCCGAGGCUGCUGGUGCUGAGCGCCCUGGCCGAGAGGCUGCUGCCGGAGCCCGGCGCCGACCGCGACCCGCGCACGCGCGAGGAGGGCCCGGACGCGCGGCGCUGCUGGCGCUUCUGGAGGACGGUGCAGGCGGGGCUGGCCCAGGCCCAGGACGCCCUGACGCGCAAGCGAGCGCGCUACCUGCUGCAGAGGGCGGUGGAGGUGUCGGCGGAGCUGGGGGCCCGCUGCGCCUGCGGCCCCCAGGAAGGAAACGGCCCGAGUCUGUUUUGGUGGUCCGAGAAGGAAAAGGAUGAACUUCUCAAGUUUUGGGAAAACUAUAUUUUAAUUAUGGAAACUCUAGAAGGAAAUCAGAUCCAUGUUAUAAAGCCAGUUUUACCAAAGCUCAACAGUCUGUUUGAAUAUGCGGUGUCCGAGGAAAAUGGAAAUUGGCUCUUUCACCCAUCCUGGCAUAUGUGUAUUUAUAAAAGAAUGUUUGAAAGCGAAAAUAAAAUCCUGACCAAAGAAGGUGUUCUCCAUUUUUUGGAGCUAUAUGAGACAAAGGUUCUUCCGUUUUCGCCAGAAUUUUCUGAGUUUAUUAUUGGACCAUUAAUGGAUGCACUUUCAGAGAGCUCUCUAUACAGCAGGUCCCCAGGCCAGCUGAUAGGAAGUGGUUCUCCAUUGGGACUGAAAUUACAGAAGUUUUUAGUCACUUAUAUUUCUCUUCUUCCAGAAGAAAUAAAGAGCAGUUUCCUAUUAAAGUGUAUUCAGAAGAUGUCAAGUAGACAUUGGUGUGCCAUUCCCAUUUUGUUUCUGUCAAAGGCUUUGGCAAAUGUCCCACGAUGUAAGGCCCUGGGUAUCGAAGCUCUUCUUGCUCUCAGGGAUGUUCUUCAGUGUACUAUGAUCACCCAUCAGAUUCUCUUGAGAGGGGCGGCUCAGUGCUACCUUCUUCAGACAGCCAUGAAUUUGGUAGACGUGGAGAAGGUGUCACUCUCUGAUAUUUCAACUUUUCUCAUGUGUCUGAGACAAGAGGAGUCCUUAGGACGAGGAACCUCAUUGUGGACAGAGCUCUGUGAUUGGUUGCGUGUUAAUGAAAACUGUUUUAGGAGAGCCUCAGAUUGUAGUUGCGUUGGACUUGCUGAGACGUCCUCUCUAAAUGCUUAUGUGAAGAACCUAGUUCAAGAGUAUAUGAAGUCACCUGCUUUGGAAACAGGAGAAAACUGCUUUAUGCCUGACUGGUUUGAAGCCAAGCUUGUUGCAAUGAUGGUCUUGUUGGCUGUAGAUGUGGAAGGAAUGAAGUCUCAAUACAGUGAAAAGCGGAGAACACAGAAUGUAUUAAGGAUAUUCUUAGAUCCUCUUCUGGAAUCCCUUAUGAAGUUGGGCACAAAUGCCUACAUGCCCUUGCUGAAAACUGACAGAUGCCUGCAGUUGCUGGUGAAGUUAUUGCACACUUGCAUGUUGAAAGGUUCCAGUACCCAAGAUGAUGAGGUGUUUACUCUUCUUCAGAACUUUGUCAUGUCUACUGCAGAGAGCAUUUCUGAAUUUAUUCUUCGACGGCUUACCAUGAAUGAACUGAGCAGUAAUACUCACUUAAGUACAUUUGAAAGCCUCAUGGGCAAGUGUGAAAAUACAAAAAAGGUUUCCGAUCUGGAUCGUUGCCAUUUAUACCUGACGGUAUUAACUGAGCUUAUAAAUCUCCAUUCGAAGGUCGGGUGGAAACGAGGCAACCCCAUUUGGAGAGUUAUUUCUCCUUUGAAAAAUGCAUCCAUUCGGCAUCUUCAAGAGAUGGACCAUGGACAGGAGCCCACGCUGGGCACGCAGGUCCAGAGGGUCAUUAGCAUGGCUGCCUUGGCCACGGUGUGUGAGGCCACCGACCGGACGCCGGAAGUGCAGCUCGGCUCUCUGGAGGCUGGGCCCACGGAGAGGUUCCUCUCCGCUCUCCCGCUCAAUCACACGCUGCAGAAGCCCCACGCAGAGGAGGAGAGCAGUCUUUGCGAAGAAUCCUCGUCUUCCCAAGGAUGGGGGAAAAUAGUUGCACAAUAUAUCCAUGAUCAGUGGGUCUGCCUCUCUUUCUUGCUGAAGAAAUAUCACACCCUGAUACCAACCUCAGAGGGUGAAGUUCUGGAACCCAUCCUACCUGCCGUCCAAAUGCCAGUAAGGACCCUGCAGGCCGCUCUCGAAGCCCUCACGGUCCUGCCUUCGGAUCAGGUCCUGCCCGUGUUCCACUGCAUGAAAAUUUUGGUUCCCAAGCUUUUGACCUCCUCUGAAUCACUCUGUGUGGAGUCCUUUGACAUGGCUUGGAAAAUUAUAUCUGCUUUAAGCAACACUCAGCUGAUAUUCUGGUCUAAUUUAAAAGCUUUUGUUCAAUUUGUUUUUGAUACCAAAGUUCUUACCACUGCUGCAAAAAUCAAGGGCCAGGCAUACUUCAAAAUAAAAGAGAUUAUGUACAAGAUAAUUGAAAUGUCUGCUAUAAAAACUGGAGUCUUUAAUACACUGAUAAGUUAUUGCUGCAAAUCUUGGAUAGUUUCUGCUUCAAAUGUGUCCCAAGUGUCUUUAUCAACUGCUAAAAAUUACAGCGAACUUGUCCUUGAGGCCUGUAUAUUUGGAACUGUGUUUAGGCGUGAUCAAAGACUUAUUCAGGAUGUGCAGACCUACAUAGAAAAUCUUGGCCAUGAUUGUGCAGCCAACACUGUUAUAGAAAAUACUAAGAGAGAAGACCAUUAUGUGAGAAUUUGUGCUGUCAAAUUCCUGUGUUUAUUAGAUGGCUCAAAUAUGUCUCAUAAGUUGUUUGUGGAAGAUCUUGCAAUCAAGCUAUUAGAUAAAGAUGAGUUGGUGUCCAAGUCCAGAACCCGAUACUAUGUGAAUUCUCAACAGCACAGAGUGAAGAACCGAAUAUGGCAGGCGCUACUGGUGAUUUUCCCCAGGUUUGAUCAGAAUUUCUUGAAUAGAAUUAUUGACAAGAUUUUCCGUGCUGGUUUCAUCAAUAAUCAAGCAUCCAUAAAAUAUUUUAUAGAAUGGAUUAUCAUAUUGAUUCUUCAUAAAUUUCCUCAGUUUCUUCCGAAGUUCUGGGAUUGUUUUUCUUAUGGUGAAGAAAAUCUUAAAACAAGCAUUUGUACAUUUUUAUCAGUUUUGUCACAUUUGGACAUCAUUACGCAAAAUGUUCCAGAAAAGAAGCCAAUUCUGAAGCAAGCCUUUAUCAUCGUCCUGCAGUGGUGCUUCAGUCACAAUUUUAGUAUCCGCCUGUACGCGUUAGUGGCCCUUAAGAAAAUCUGGAGCAUGUGUAAGACAUGGCACGUUGAAGAAUUUGACGCUUUGACUUCUGUUAUUGAGUCCAGCCUUAGUCAAGUGGAAAACAUGCCUGGAGCAGGGAAUGCCAAGAAGAACUGGCAACGCAUCCAAGAGCAUUUCUUUUUUGAAACAUUUCACCCGCUUAAGGAUUAUUGUCUGGAGACCAUAUUUUACAUCCUUCCACGCCUCUCAGGCCUUGUUGAAGAUGAAUGGAUUGCCAUUGGUAAAUUUACCAGAUUCACGGACAUUCCUUUAGACUCAGGAUUUCAGUGGUAUCUUUCUCCAACUCAGCUUUGUGAACGGAAACCAGGUGACUGGGCUCAGCAGGACAUAGGUUCUAACUCAGGUGAAGCAGAUGACCAGUCAGAGUGGACUGAUGUUCAGAAGAAGAUUAUCCCGUGGAAAAAUAACGUUCCGGAUUUAGAUCUGGAGCUCGUGUUUCAGGAUCGUGUUGCCAAACUUGGAAAGUCGAUUAGCAGACUGAUUGUAGUGGCCUCACUCAUCGAUAAGCCAACUAAUUUAGGAGGACUGUGCCGCACCUGCGAGGUGUUCGGGGCCUCGGCGCUCACAGUAGGCAGCCUGCAGUGCACCCAAGACAAGCAGUUUCAGUGCCUGAGUGUUUCGGCCGAGCAGUGGCUUCCUUUAGUGGAGGUAAGACCACCUCAGCUAAUCGAUUUUCUGCAACAGAAGAAAGCGGAAGGUUACACCGUCAUCGGUGUGGAACAAACCGCCAGAAGUGUAGACCUAACCCAGUACAGCUUUCCUGAGCGGUCUCUGCUCCUGUUGGGAAACGAGCGUGAAGGAAUUCCAGCAAACCUGAUCCAGCAGCUGGAUGUUUGCGUGGAAAUCCCUCAGCAGGGUAUUAUCCGCUCACUCAACGUCCACGUGAGUGGGGCGCUGCUGAUCUGGGAGUAUACCAGACAGCAGCUGCUCAAGCAUGGGGACACCGAGUCAUGAAGCUUGUGCCUUAUCGGGGAUGGAUUACUGGUGCUCUUGAAACAUUUUCUAAAAACUACGUGUGCUAAUGUAAUAGAGUCUGAAAUUUACUGGGGUAAUUUGUAUUCCUUUUCUUGCAACUUAAUGCCAAAACUUCUUCAUGUGCCUUAAAUACAUUACUAUAUAUCGUCCCCUUUAAUAAAUAUUUUUAGCUAAAU